GAAGGCCACUGUCGCUCGAACUGUCACGGAUCGCGCAACGUUCCCCUUACUUUCCUCCCUCCCUACAAUUUAAAAAGGAGCACACGCAUUCGCCUGAGAACGAGGAGGGGAAGAUUCGUUCCUCGUUCUUUUUCCCUUAAUUUCCACCCAUCCCCCUUCACAGCUUGUCCUUGUCGUCCUCUCUGUGGUCCUCCCUUUAAAGUCGCGCUACUGCUCGUAAGAGAGCACAGAUUCCUUUAAGAAAUCUUGUCGCAUCGACGUUCGUUCCUUUACAUCAUCUCUAUCUUAUCAAGUGGAUCAUUCGUCGAUAAUCAAUAUUAGAAGAAUUUCAUUGAUAACGAUCUCCACGAUAGUUUAAGGAACAAUGUUAAACGUUGAAGCUACGUAGAGGAUAGAGAUUGAACGUCAUCUUAAAAAAAGGAAAAAGAAAAAUCUCGUGAAGUUUUACUCGUUUUGAAGGGCUUCGCUUGAUAAUUCGAUGAGAAACCAUUGCUCGGUUAAGUCUUACAAUAUCCAACAAGAAAAUAUAUAAGUAUUUCACUAAUUGCAAUGAUGGACGAGUUAGAAGUUCAACAGGAAUCCAGAGAUAAGGUCGGUAACUUAACGUUCUCACCACCACCGAUGAAAAAGUCCGAUACGAGGGACAGCAUCUCUUCCGUUGACAGCGAUGUUAGUCUUUCUUUCGAUAGAAGAGGUUCGAAGGAUGAGGAAGCCGAUCAAUCUGAUAGCAUGACAUCAGAUAGCGAAGGAAAAUCGACCGAGGCUAUUGUGAAGCAACAAAACGGUGAACAAGAUUCUGGUAUAGAUUCUUUGGACGACGUCGCUCAGAAAGAAUUGGACAAACAGAAAAUCGUAACAUCGAGCAAUAAGGAGUCUACUGUUCAAGAUCAGCCUGAUCAUUUUGUCUUGCCUAACGACGAGUUGAGCGAGAGGAUCUGCACUCAGGUAGAAUCUUAUUUCGCUGAUGAAAGCAUUGUCAAGGAUGCUUUUCUUUUGAAGCAUGUGAAGAGAAAUAAAGAAGGUUACGUGUCAUUGAAACUCGUCUCGAGCUUUAAAAGAGUCAAACAUCUCACUAAGGAUUGGAGGGUUGUCGGUGCUGCCUUAGCUAAAUCCACCAAAUUGCAAGUUAAUCCUCAAGGUACAAAAUUACGUAGGGUAAAUCCUUUACCAGCUUUCGAUCAAACGACACCCUCUAGGACGAUUUUAGCUGCUAGGCUUCCCCUUGAAAGACUUUCUGUCGAAUCAGUAGCCGAAAUCUUUAAACCAUGUGGUGAGAUCGCACUCAUCAGAGUACUCAAGCCUGGACAUCCUGCACCUGCCGAGGUCCGGCAGGCAAUCUCAAAGAGACAAGAACUGAAGCCAACCGAGGAAUGUGCCAUGAUUGAAUUUACGGAUUCGGCAUCGGCCAGAUUGGCUCUAGAAAUGAAUUUAGGAGAUGCGAAAAUAUUUGAAUUACAACAAUCCGAUAAGAAAAGAAAACAGCAGCCGACGAAAAAGACCAUCGUCACGAAAUUGACUAAAGAAGAUACUUAUAAUUCAUCGAGUUGCGCUAGUGGAUCCGAGACUGAAGAUGGAAAAGCAAAAUACAAAAAGGCUGUUCAUGGAUAUCCUAUAUAUCACGUUUAUCCUAGCCAUCCUUUUCAAGGUCCACCAUCACCAGAUGCUUGGCUAUCGCGCAGAUUGUCUUCCUGUUCAAUUUCAGGAUCGGAAAACGGCUUUGUUUUUCGCCGUUUAUCUUCUAGUUCUGGUUCAAAUUGUUCAGAUGUCAACAACUAUGGUAGACGAUAUUCUUCCUGCUCAUCCGCCUCCGAAACUGGCUGUUGUCCCAUAGUUUAUCCUCCAGGUUAUUAUUAUCAACAAAACCGUCGUUUCUCCUGCUGCUCCGGCGGUUCUGCUUCUAGCAACGAGUGCAACGGUACUUGUUACAAUCCUAGUCGCCGAGGUUCAGUGGACUGUGGCCCAUUUUUCCGUAGACUAUCCACUUGUAGCCGAGAUUCGGGUUUCGAUUCGGGGGUGAGAAGACUAUCUUUAUGUUCUUCGAUUUCAGAGCAAAAUAACUUUUGCCGAUCAAGGAAUAAUAAUGGCUUGACCAUGACACACUUGCCUGAAAAUGUAACGAGGAUGCCUUCCGGUCCUGACGGAACGCGUGGCUUUGGCCGACCUCCUAGAAUGAAUCCUAUUACACCAACUAUGGAACCAACAUGUUAAAUAUUUCCCUUUUACGGCGUGAUUUUGCCUGCGUAUAGUGAUCUCCAAUCAUCCUUAAACAGGAUAUUCUACUAGAAAUGAAAAUUAUUAUGCGUUUAGAGGAUUUGACAUUGUUAUAUCGUCCCUCUCUUUCUCUUGUAUGAUAUAAGUAAAUUAGAAAACAUUUCCAUUGUAAAUUUUGUUAUAUCUGCUAUGUAUUUGAAAUGAAGUUGAGAUAUUUCAAAUGGUAAAACUUCAUGUAUGCUUUAUAUAUAUGUAUAUUGAAUGUAUAAUAUGAAAAAUUCCCGAUGAAAUAAGUACAAAAAUUUGACAAAUGAAAAAAAAACAUAGUUUCGAGUACGAUACAUUACAGAAUUAAUUUAUUAAAUAUGACGUAAAAUGAUGCACUUGUUAAAUAUAUUCACUGAACCAUU